AAGAAAACUAGUACCUUAAACAUCUUCUUUUUUCGAGCUUCAUUUAGGGUACCUGCAGCUAAGAGAAUGGUGAUGGUUUAAAACACUACCAUAUCUCCUUGGAGAAGGCACAUAAGCGCAGAAAGAAGGUGUUAAAAGCAGCAGACCGAAUUUUUUUUAUAGCGUAUACUCUUUCUUUUUAUUUAUUGCUGAAAGCAAGCGUUCAUGGACAUUGACGAGAAUAUAUCAAGUAAAUGUGAAUUUACUGGUCGGGAUUCACAGAAUGAACCAAUUACUACUGAGAACGGUUUUGCAAGCGCAUAUAAAAGUGAAAAUGAUAAUUUGAAGUCUAGUAUAGAGGCCGAGGAUUUACCUCUUUCAGAAGAUGCGGCCUUAAUAAAGUCUGGCAAACGAAAGCGUACGAAUACAGAAUCCACAGAAGUUACCAAUGCACGGAAGCUAGAAAGACAAAGGAUGCAAGAAGAGAAGGCCAGAAAAAAAGAAGAAGAUCGUCUCCGUCGUGAGCGAGAUCGAGAGCAACGCGAGACAGAAAAAAAGCAGAGAGAAGAAGAACGGUUAGCUGCGAAGAAGAAGCGUGAACUAGAAAAAAUGGAGAAGGACCUUGAGCAGCAGAAGAAAAAAGAGGAACGAGAUCAAAAGCAAAGAGAAAAGGAAGAAGCACUGCGUAUUAAACAGGAACAGUCCGCUAGCAAAGAAAAGCAGCAGCUCAAAUUGAAUAAUUUCUUCUCUAAAGGGAAGUCAUCUAACAAAAAUCCCCCCUUGAAAGAACAGGAGCAACCAGCUACUGAUUUUGAAAAGACGUUUCGUCCUUUUUUCUUAAAAAGCCAAACUGCGUUUGCAAAAUUUCCUCCCUGUGGAUAUUCAUUUGAUCAGUUAGAUAAGCUAUUAACUUCUACCUCUGAUCAUUCAUUAACAUUAGAAAAGUUACUUUCCUCUGUUCACUCUUCCCACCCAACAAAUGAACCAUCUUUUGUAGAAUCGCCGAAAGGUCUCCAAUCUCAGUGGGUAAAACAGUGUAUGGAAAGAUUCCAGGAUCCAAAUACCAGUAAUCCAGAAGAGAUUCUACAGCAGGUCUCCAAAGCCCCCAUAAAACUUAUAUAUUUUUCUGAAGACAUUCGUCCUCCUUAUUUUGGAACGUUUACCAAGAAGCACACAGAGGAAGACAUAAACGUGAAUCCGUGGCUUGAAGACAGCACUAUAGACUAUGGCUAUGAUUCCGAAGCUGAAUGGGUUGCUGAUGAUGAAGAAGGGGAAGAUCUGGAUAGUGAAGAUGAUGAGCUCGAUAAUUCUGAUGACAAUUUGGAUGAGGCGGACGCUGGCUUUGUCGAUGACGAUAAUGAUAAAGAAAGUGUUUCUUCUGCAAAAGUUAAUGUAUUGGUUGGUCCCUUGCAGCCCAUUGUUGAAGGACCGUGCUGGGAUUCUAAUUUUCUCUCUGAAUUUUCAUGUAUAUCUUUGCUAGACCCUAUAACCCCUUUCUCUACCUCCUCUAGUUUUCGUAUCGACCCUCACAAAGAUUAUUGGGCUCCCCGGGGACGUUCAUCUGAAGUGUCAGUUUCUACUUCUACUCAAGAAACUUCUCCUUCAAGCUUAAAAGUAAAAUUACCUUCCGAGGACUUACCAAAUUUCCUAGGCUACAUCACUAAAUCUCACGAAAACAAGAUCCUUUUAACUGAACAUUUACGACAACUUUUUCCUCACGUUACAAAAAAUGUUAUAAGCGAUACUCUCAAUAAGGUGGCUGUUCGCCGUGGUAAAGCCGUUUCGGAUGGUUGGGAUAUAAAACAAGAAUUUCAGUCAUUCCUUUCUUAAUUUUGACUUAAAGUACUCUACUCUUUUUACAACAUGGACAAGGAUCUGACACAUGUAACUUUACUCUUAUGGGUUUACUUAAUAAGACGCCAAAUCUCUAACCAUUAGUUACUGUAUAUUAUUAAUUUAAUUACCACUAUAUAAGACUCAUCAUAUAUUCCUUAGUUUAUAAUAAAUUUGAAAUCAAAUAAGACUAUUUAUAGAUUUCAAGGUUCAUUCGGUUUCAGAUUCACGUUUUCAGUUUCAUACAUUCGUUAGGUUAGCAAAGGUUAGGUUAAUGAACGACGCUUUUAUCAGUUUAAUUAACGCCUGCAGCACCUACAUUGUUC